AUGGAUGACUUUGGCAAAUUAUCCUACAAACUACUAGUAAACCAUUUUUCCAAAACGCCAUCUGAACGAGUUAGUUAUGACUUUUCACAUGAUUGUGCCAAACUGAUUGAGAUAUUUAGUGGCAUUGCAGGGGAACCUCUUGACGAAAUUGACUGUGGACAAGUAUCACUACAAGAUUUAAUCAAAAAUGAAGAAGAUCAACAAAGUAUAGUUAAUCAGCAAGAUCUAUUUGAUAUGAUGAAUGUAGCUGGUAACGUAGAGCCUCCAAAAUCAAAUGUUAGUGAUGAAAAUGACAGCUGUGAAAUAAAAUUACUUACACCCCCAGUGCCAGUUGAUUGCAAAUUCCGCAGGUUAUUUCCUCAUGUGGCAGAGUGUUAUGACCAAUUAUCAUCUGGAGAAAUCCACUUGGACGGGCAAUAUGAUGACAUCAAUGAUAUGUGGAACGAAGCCUCUGUGGCCUGUUUGGUCAAUCCAGCAGAGUUUGAGCGAACUAAAUCUAUGUUUACACAGUCACUUAUCAAGUAUCUAAUCGACUCUAAUCACUCGGCCGCCUGUAGCGGCCCUAUUGCUGCUACAGGUGGUAGAGAUACAGGCAACUUGCUAAAUCUGAUGUCCUGGUACUUUGCCGGCUACUACACAGCCAAGCUAGAGUGUUAA